UCCCAUCCCCAUCACAUGAAGGCUAUUUUCGUCAUUUCAAAAUAUCCCCAUUUCUCUCUGAAGACCAAUAGAGAGUGGCGGAGACACACAGAUCAAAGGAGGAAAGACAAAAGAAAAAAGAAAGCUAAAAACGGCCCAGUGAUUGGAGCCAUCGAAAAAUCUGAUCCGUCCAUUUUACGAAUUCAACGGUUAUCAUCACUCGGCAAAUUCGUUUCCAUUUUCCAAUUAAUUUUUUUUCCCUUACUCUCUAGUCUUUUAGCAUACUCUGUUCAGUGGUUUUUUUAUCACAUCAUCAUAAACCCUAGCCUCCAAUCCGUCUUUUACCCUAUUAUCUGUCUCUCUUCUUUCUUUACCUACAACGAGAUUUACGUGAAACACCAUAACUCUGUUUUAUCCCGAUCUUCUCUCUCUUUAAUUUCCAGAGAGAGACCCAUCUUUAAAAAAAAAAUUGAUUUUCUCUUUCUGUUCGUACAGAACAGAGAUCUUGGGUUUUUGGUGAUGAAAGUUUGGAGUUGCUCGAUCUUUGGUUGUAUGAUGUUGUCUUAUUUUUCCUCUUCUUGUUUACUUACCACUUCGGAAUAGUUAUCGUUACUGGUUUCCAUUUUCUGUUAAAAAAGCUUUUCUGUAGAUGAGUCAGAACGGUUUCAGUUUUACCGAGUUGUAGUUUUUUUUUUUUUGGUUUAAACUCGUUCUAGAUCCGCUUCUUAAGUGGAGUUUCAUCCGUUGGUACUGUAUUUGUUAACGUUCUGUUGGGUUCACGGGCUGGUUUGUUGAGCGGGAUCUUGGGUUUGGUGUUUUCCUUUUGGCUUUUGGUUUCGACAGAGUCAACUCGGCUGUUCGUCUGUUUUCGACUGAGUUAACUUGGUGCGAAAGUAACUGAGUCAACUCGGGAUUUGUUGGUAGGAAAGAUCGAGCGAGGAGCUAGGUAUAAGCAAAAGAAGAACCGAACGGCGAUGCCUUCGGUGGGGAUGAGGCGGACCACAAGGGUUUUCGGAAUGGUGAAGAGCUCGGAGGCCCGGGUUCUUCGUUCCGGGCGGCGACUCUGGCCCGAUUCUGGUGAAGUAAAGUCCAAGAAGCCCAAUAAUGAUGGUGAUGAAUACUACCACUCGAUGAAAAAAACCCCAAAGAGUGAAGCAAAUAAGGUUGUUGCUGAGGUAAUUGGGAAGCCCAAAAGAUUAGGCCACGAAGAGAAUCCAAAGAAACUAGCCAGGAAAGUGGCUGAAGCUGAAAAUGAUGGUGGUAGUGUAGAUAGGAUGUUUGGGAUUGUUUAUACUAGAAAACGGAAGAGAAAUGGGGUUCAGAAGAGCCAACUUUCGGGGAAUUCGAAGCAGAAAAAGUUUGGGAAAAGGAUUAACAGAAGUCAGGCCAGUAAGAGGAGGAAGACCAACAGGGAUGUGGAAGAGUCAAGAAUGUUUGCUUUUGUUGUGAGAAAUGGAGAUUGUUAUGGCUGGUUUUCUAGUUUUUUGUGCUUGGUUUUGGGUUAUGUGAAAAGGGCAGAAGUAAGAUUGUCUGAGCUUGCUGCCUUUUUGAUGUCUCAGCCAAUAUCUGGUGUUUACUCUUCAAAUGGUGUUAAUUUAUCGUGGGGACCUCCUGCAAAUAGAACUGGAAUUUGCAAGUUUUAUGAGGCUAGGGAGUUUAGUCCGAUGUUUUAUGUGGAUUUUUCUGCAGUUCCCCAUUGGUUUAUGCAUAUGCAUCACAGUACGCAUCUUAGAUUGAAGUGUAUGCAAUUAGUUCCUGUAAAUAGUGAUGAAAUAAUGAGCGACAGUGAAGACGACGAACCAUGUGUAACCUCUGUUGUAGAUGUAUCCAAGAGUACGAGUGGUUCUACUGUGGUUAAGAUUGACAAUCUUGGGAGCAAAGUUGUUUUGCAUCCAUCUGUUAGGGCUUCCAAACUAACAGUUCGAAAUGCUCAAUAUAGAAAUGGUUUGAGUUCUCGCAGUAUCCAGAAGAGGAGGAGUUCGCUGAGGAGGAGGACAGCUAGAAAUCCUUCACUUGCUGGCAUGCACAAGGCUAAUGGAGCCCUAAUGUCUGACUUGAUCAGUAGUAGGAGAAAUGGCAUUCCUUUUUCUUCUGUAGUUUCUAAAAACAAGCUUAGGAGUUCAGUCCGAAAUAGUUCAGCAAACUUAAGUGAUGUUAGCUGUUCCAUUUCAGAUAUAAUGCAGAAUAUAGAUUCAUCGCAAUGCUCUGCCAAUAUAUUGGUCAUUGAAUCAGACAGAUGUUACAGGGAAGAAGGAGCGAUUGUCACUUUAGAGCACUCUGUAUCAGGAGAAUGGCUUCUUGUGGUAAAAAAAGAUAGUUCAACUAAGUAUGCCCACAAGGCAGAUAAAUUUAUGAGGCCCAGUUCUAGCAACCGUUUCACUCAUGCUAUAAUUUGGACUGGGGAUGAUAAUUGGAAGCUUGAGUUUGCAAGUCGGCAGGACUGGGUCAUUUUCAAGGAUCUUUACAAGGAAUGUUCUCAGCGCAAUGUGCCUGCUUCAACUGUUAAGGUGAUCCCUGUUCCUGGGGUUCGGGAAGUUUCAGGCUAUGAGGCUAGGGGCAGUGUACUGUUUCGUAGACCAAAUUUGUAUAUCUCUUUUGACGGUGAUGAGGUAUCUAGAGCCUUGACAAAGAGGACUGCAAAUUAUGACAUGGACUCAGAAGAUGAGGAAUGGUUAAAGAAGUUCAAUAAUGAGUUUUUUUCUGGAAGUGGGCAUUGUGAGCAUCUUUCACAGGAUUGUUUUGAGUUGAUAGUUGAUGCUUUUGAGAAGGCCUAUUUCUGCCAUCCAGAUAAUGAGAAUGUUACUACCCAUCUCUGUCUUGAUCUGGCUAGUGGAGAAGUGACUGAAGCUGUUCAUGCUUACUGGUUGAAAAAAAGGGAGCAGAGAGGAUCAGCACUGCUUAGAGUUUUCCAGGGUCAUCAGGUCAAGAAAGCUCCACUAGUUCCAAAGUCCUUUCUACGUAAGAGGAGGUCAUUUAAACGUCAGGCUAGUCAUGGAAGAGGCAAGCAACCAAGUUUGUUGCAAGCAUUGGCAGCUGAACAUGAUUUGUUGCCAGAAAAGAAUGCCAUGGUCAAAGUUGAAGAAGCUAGGGUCUCAGCAGCCAGAUCUGUUGAAUCAGCUAUCGUCAAACGCCAGCGGGCUCAGUUACUAACGCAAAAUGCUGACAUGAUUACAUACAAAGCCUUGAUGGCACUCAGAAUUGCUGAAGCUGCCCGAUGUACUGAAUCUUCAGAGGGUGCGGUUGCUCAAUUUUUUGAUUGAUGACAUGUCGGUACUCAGCUAAAUGGGAUAGUAGCCGGAAUCUGUUAUUUGUUUCCUGGGGAAUAACAGCCUCAGGGCAGUUGUUGAAGCCCACGGAGGACGACCUUGGAAAAGAGUACUGUAAUAUUGUUGUAUAGCUUUAAGUUGAUUGUACAUUCUGUGUUAUUGUAACUUCAUACCAAAAUUUUUUUGCCAGGUAUUUGUUAGAGAAAUCUGAAAAGAAGAAAAUUACAGGAAAUUUUGAGCCCAUGGUUAAAGGUCUGGCCUUUGACAUAUUUGGAUCAAGAGAUUGAAAUGCGCAAAUUAAUGGUAUAUCUUUUCUUCAUUUGAUGACUUUUUUUAAUUUUUAUAUUUUACGGAUUGAAAGCAAACGGAUUUUUUUUUUUUUCAACUUUCUUCAACAAUCUCACACAAAAAUAAUUUAGAUUCGAAGAACUCAAACUAGAAAAUCUUGGACCAUCAACUGAAGAAUUUGUUCACUUCUUAUUAAAACAAUUCUGAAGGUAAAGGAUGGUGCGUUUCUGUGUUUUAAGAAUCAAACUAUUUUGGAAAGUUUAUUUAUUUAUUUAUUUAUUUUUUAAUGUUGGGCACCAAGAUGGAUCAUUGUGGGAAUAGGAAAGU